AUCUUUUUAUUACAUUGUGCAACUCAAAUUAAUUACAUCUCCGGGAAUAAAUACCUUUUUUUCCAAGGGAUAUAAAUUAAACUGUUGAUAAAAAGCACUUGAGAUAUAAAAUUUCAUAUGGAUAAUGUUUAUGUUUUUAAUGAUUUAUGAUAUGACAGACGCAAAACUUUCCAAGGGGUAUGCACUGAAAUUAAAAUUAGUUUGGCAAUAUAUUUUAUCUAUUGUUUUGUAAAAACAAAUACAAAUGAAUUGUGCCUUGAAGUGAAAAGACAAAGUACCAAAGUAUGACGUCCUUCAUGGAGAGGAGUGUAAGAUUUAAUGAGAGAGCUUCUCAUGCUAAAAGAGGAAUAUUGAAGAAUUAUUCUUCAUUACUGAUGAGAAAAUCGCCAACAAACACCAGAUCAUAUCGUAACCACACAGACGAAGAAGAUUCCACCAUGUAUUUAGACUACCCGCCCACAAAACCUUUCAUCAAUGAUGAUUACGAAAGACCGCCAUAUAAACCAGUCAGUUCAUAUCCAGAGGGAAAUAGAAAAGCUGUGAUAAGUGCUCUAAGAAACCUGCAGGGAAAGAUACAUCAGCUUGAGGUGGAGCGAACUGCGGCCGAAGACAACCUGAAAUCCUUGGCCUCGGAAACAAAUAAAUACAAAGAUAUUCUAGAGAGGGACAGUGAACAACGAAAACCUGCUCAAACUACAGUCUCGAAACAUAAUCAAGAAUUAGAAUCACAGUUGUCGGCGGCGGAGACCAGAUGUAAUUUGCUUGAGAAACAGCUUGAAUAUAUGAAAAACAUGGUUGUCUCAAAUUCUGAGAGAGACCGAAUAGAGGCCUUUAAGAAGUCUGCAGAACUGGAGGAAAUUUCGGAACCUCCGGUAGAACAUUCUUCCGGCUUUCAAAACAACCUCAGGAAAAUAGCUGAUCUCGAAAGAGAGCACAUAAAACUCACAGCUAACCAAUCGCUCGCUGAGAGUAAAAUACGUGAGUUAGAAGAGAAACUCGGCGAAGAAAGACACCAUCGUAAACUGAUUGUAGAAAAGGCAGCAGAGAUUGAGUCAGUCCAGAAAGCAAACAGGAUCCUGCGGGAGGCUGAUGAGGUAGUAGAAUGUAAAAGUCAACAGAAAAGCAAGCGUCCAGUGAAGAAGAAGAAGAAAGUAGUGAGCAAGAGAACUGGGCACAGUCACAAACCAGAUCCUUCCAAACAUUACAGAUUAAAUCUUGCAGACAUUCCAUUUGUAGCCGGAAAGAACACAGGCCCAAGUCAUGCUGUUGGUGCCAAUGUACAGCGGGUAUUUUCCCUCAUGAAGAACCACAACAUGGCACUCUGUUCUCACGCCUCGUACCCGGUCAGCACGUGCCAACAGACCAGUCCGACCUCCUCGGGUACUAGCACCCCAUCCACAGAGACCGACCUCGCUGAAAUACUCCUGCAGCUCCAAGAUGAAUUCCAUCAGAUGAGUUUUGAACAUCAAGAGUUUUCAAAGGAGAUAAGUGAAACGUCGGACCCUCGUGUGCGAGAAGACCUGGAGAGGGAGCUAGAUGCCUUAGUUUCAAGAAUGGAAGCCAAAAGUUUACAAAUUUCCAAAAUAAGAAAACAUCAAGAAAAGGUAGCAAGUAAAAAGAAGAAGAAAUCUAGGAAAAUAGAUAGUGACGAAAUUUCUACUCCACGACCAAAGUCUGCACACGCAGGAUGUAUAAGGGCCAGUCCUUCUCCUCGCUAUAAUGGAGAGGUAGAGGUUACGACUACGAUAAAACCUAGAGGGGGAGGAUCGGGUGUGGUACAGAUUAGACCAACUAGUGCCCGAGAAAUAUCUCUUAAUGUUUUAAAGGACAUGAAAAAAUUGCAAUCGACUCUUCGAAAAGACGACUUAAGUUGGAAAUAGCGUGAUAAAAUGUUACUCAAUGCCAGGAAUUUAGUUUACCAUGUAAAUUUUCAGCGACCAUAAAAGUGUUAACCAGUUUAUAAUUGCAUAUUGUUUUAUUGUGCUAUUUAAACUGAUGAUUUUAUAUUUGAAAGUUUGCAGUUGAUAGAGGCCUAUUUAAAAAACUGUGAUAUUCAAUAAUAAAAAAAGCAUUUCCAAAAUUAUUAUAGUCAAAUGUAUGUACUUAAUAUUUUGGUAUAAUAAAAAAAAGUGUAAAAGUAAAUUAUUGAUUACUUGAGAGGAACUAGUAAUGAUAUAAUGCAUUUUUUAUUGGACAUAACAUGUAUUCAUGGAGAAAAAGCUAGUUACCAAGAUUACUAUGAAUUCAUUUCGUUGGGAGAAAAAAUUUGUGCUUUUGACCUAAAGAGGCAUUUUGUUGGGUCACAUUUGUGGAUGUUCAGUGUAUCAGUUAUCAAUGAAAUAAAUGAAAUUAAAUUUUUUAUUGGGGUCUAAUAUUGUGUAUUGAUGUAACUACAAAACCUGGAAAAUUAAGUCCCCUUUGAUUAACUUUUAUACAUGUCGAAAACAAACUGUUUAUGAAUUACAUUUGACCUAUUUCAAAUUAUGGACAGGUGUUCAAUUUAAUGAUGAAUGUUGGAAGUGCUGCAAAAUUAUAUUACAUUUGAAAAUGCAUUUAACCUAUCUAUGUUUUGAAAUGAUGGCAUUCACUUUUUUCACUGACUAUUUAAUUGGUUAAACUGAAUUAUGAUUGUAUAAUAUACAUCUGAUAUUAUUUAUUUCCAGCCAUUAGUUCUGUACCACUGUUUUGAUAGUUACAUGUGUAUAGAUCUGUAUCAUUUACUUUCUGAAUGGUCCUACAUCUUUUUUCUGUUUAUAUCAUUCCUUUCAAGACUGGGAGUUUUCUUUUUAUAAGUCUGUUCUGCACAUAGAAUUUUUUAAUUGGACCACUUUAUGCCCUUGGUACCAAAUAUAUUUAAAAUUUUUGUGCCCCUCCCCCUCCCACCUUUUUAAAGAAGAGGGGGAUGGGGGAUAUUGUUUUGCUCAUUCUUGGUAUGUUUCUGAUCAAUAACUAGAGAGUGCUAUGUCAUACAGUCAAUGGUAAAAUUUGAUGGUUACUAGGUAUCAGUAGGUGAAAGGUCACCAUCAAGGUCACAAUGACCUUGAGACUAAAAAUAACUUAAUCAACAGUAGCCUGUUGCCAUCAAACAUAAAAGCAUGAGUGACUGUGGUCAGUAGAUGAUUCCAUUGUUUUUUGGGGUCAUCCCUUCAAAGGGGGUAUAAAAUACACACCCAGUUACCUCUGAAGGGCAUUUUAUUUUGGUUAUACUGUCAAAGCAUACCGAUGGUUAUAAAUUACACACCGAGUAAUCUCUGACAGGCAUUUUUUGGUUAUCCCGUCAAAGCAUACUGGAGAUUAAAAAUUACACAUCCCAUAUUUUUUGGCAAGGAUUUAGUAGUUGAAGAUGUGACUUGUUGAGGAUAGAAUUUUGUUGUCAUUUUGUUUGUCUUCAUUAUGCAUAGGAAAUUUAUGUUUGGAAACAUAUAACUCUGAAACUUUAUAUCAUCAUUGAUUUUAAUGACAAAGUAAGCAGUCAAUUUAUGUGAUGAUAAAUUCGACUUUACCAAGGAUCUGUGAUUUAAAAUUAUAGUACCUCGGAGGAAAAUAUCUUGCCAUGAAAUUACUAAUAAUUUACAGAUGGACUUAAUUUCAUUGGUAUUCCAUGUUUUUUUUAUUCGUAUCAAUAAUCGGGGCUCGAUUUACUUGUUUUUACAUGCUUGCAGUUUAAUAGGUUGCAGAGCAUAGUUACAUUUAAAUUAGAUGUGCCAGAUUUCAUUUUACCGAAACAAUCGAAUAUGCUCAUAUUACUUCCAAAUUAUUUGGAAUGGUUCUAGCAAAUUGAUCUGGCUCUAAAUUUAUUUCAGAUGGACUAAAAAACUUGUAUAUGUUGUUAUCUCGUUUUUAUUUUCUUUUAGCAUGGUGCAUUUAAGCACUUGUCUGUGAUAUGUAGUUAGAUAAAACAACUGUUUUAAUUGGCCAUUUAUACAUGUGUCCCUCAUUCUGAUUGGUUGAUUCUGUGUGUCUGUCUAUUAUGUCUAUCAUAAUGUACAUACUUUAUUUAUGCACAAAAAAAUCAUGUAAUAAUAAAUUUAUUGGAAGUAUAAUUAUGUA